UUGAGUUUUGUUGUUCUUCAAAAGAUGUCCCCUUCAAGCGAACAUCUGGAAUCAUGCUCCACGUCGUUUAAGCCGAUUAUUUCCGAAAUUGUCGGCCAUAUGGAUGCGAUAAUACUCACAUUCUGCUCACUCGGCAUUUGCUUAUCAAGUUUACCCAACCUUUCAUUUUCUCAGGCCUCUACCGACACGAAUGAUGCACAGCCAUUUUUCAAAGGUUCUAUGGCCUCUGUUGAUCAUUUUCAUGGAUCCUUUGAUGAACUUGGAACAAGCAUGAAGGCGAAUGCAACUAGUGGGGUAUUUUUCUACGCCAAAUGGGACUCAGAAGCUAUAGAGGCGAGAACUACUGUAAGUGCACUGCAUUCCUUUUCCCCGGUAAAGUUGUAUUCUAUUGACUGUUGGAUUCCAACCGGGUCUUGUCGAACCCGAAUUAGCCUGAAGCGUUUCCCGCAGCUUACACUGUAUGUGAACGAUGCAGCGUCUUUGGAAUUGGAGGAUUUACGUUCGGUCCACCGUGCAGCCGAUCUUGUCGCUUAUGUGAUGAAACCGCUUGUUUUCAUUCACUCAAAAUCGGACCUUAUUCAACUGACGCUAUUACACAAGUUUAUAGUUUUGGGUUAUUUUGGAUUGGGAGCCGCUGACUCGAAGGAUUUCUUGCGCUUUCGUCAAGUCUCCCUAUUAGCUUGCAAUAUGCUUCCUCAAAACUUUGUUUGUGGACGGGAUAUCGUUUUCGCAAUAACACCAGUUGCCAAUAAUUGGACGGGGGGCAAGUCUGGUCUCGUGCAGUUCUAUCUGACGUGUAACUAUUCGACUACCACUUACGACUACCAGAUGAAACAACUAGAGGCUGACGCGCUGGUCGAGAAAAUUGUGCACAAGAUCCACAGUUUACCCACUCAGUGUCUGCAUUCAACCGAUUUAACUCCCAUAAACAGAAGGCGUUCGACUUAUCUUGAUACCGUUUUUUCAAGUGGCCCGAAACUUAUCCUCGUCGGACCUCACAUAUCUACAGUCAGAGGAAUAGACCCAUCGAUUUAUUUAUUACGGUCUUUGGAAUUGUCUUAUAAGAGUUGUCCAUCCGGGACUAACAUUACUGCUCUAUUGAACACGCAUCAGAAUGUGAAUUCAACAAUACGUCAAGAAGCACAAAAGUUGAUGCAUCAGCUGGCGUUGUCCGCGUACCAUGAACGCCGUAAACAAGCUUCUGUUUGCCCUCGUUGGUUGGACUACUUAGGUCCUCUUUUGGGAUUAAAAUCUCAGCAUGUAUGUGGCUUAUCAAACCAUGUUUCGAUGCUGGGCAAUGGGGAAGAUACAGCUGAUUCGCCGAACUCCGAACUCCCAAUCCUGUCCAAGCUUCUCAAGAUGUUGCACAGCCGUCCCACGUCAGGUAUAGUCUGCGGGUACCCAAUGUUAUACGUUUUGUCUUACUGCAAUCUUCGAAACGACUUUCUAUCUUUCCUUGGUAUAGACAUGUUGGAUACAAUUAUCACCCUUCUGCAUGAACUCUCCUCAGAGAGUGACAGCCCACCUCCGAUUCCUCAUACUGGCAUAGAUGCUUCUGCCAUGCUAGAGCGGCUGCACUUCGUAUGCUGUAGUUGGUACCAUCGUGAUCAUCGACUGGAUGAGGAUUGUGUGUCGUCUUCUUCAUCGACUUGUAUUUCAGAUGUCACUCCUACCCUGCCUCCGGUCCUGUCAGCUGUUAAUGGCUUGGCUUGUGGCCGUAAUAAGACCCUUAGCUUUCAUACUUUGGACUCACUGGAACAACCCGGGCUGGUCUGGUCAUUGACCGGUUUCAGUGUUCAAACAGCGUCCUCCGAAUCAGGAGCUGCUAUCGUGGACAAGGCAUCCACGAGUGCCACCGGCACUCAUCUACAGUCCACAGGUGAAGUAGAACCCUGGACGGUGAACGUGAAACCACCUACGGCCUCGGAGGUUUACGAACGACUAUGUUCUCUCAAGCGCCACCGAGCUCCCGUUCCGGAUGACCUUCCACCCGCACUGUUUAAAGACGGGGGUGAAGUCCUCAGUCAGCGCAUGUCCGAUCUGUUUGCUUGCAUUUGGGAAAAGGAGUCUGUCCCAGACAACUGGGGAGAAUCAGUGAUAGUGCCCAUUUUCAAAAAAGGGGCGCGUAGUGAGUGUGAUAACCACAGGGGGAUCAGCUUGACCCCUGUUGUAACGAGACUGUUGGCGUCAAUUGUGCUUCGUCGCCUUACGGUGGCUCGUGAGAUACUGACUCGAGAGCAGCAAGCGGGAUUCCGGCCUGGUAGGGGUUGUGUUGACCAAAUCUUCACACUGCGUCUUGUGCUAGAACAACGCCAUACGUAUAAGCGACCCACGAUUCUUGUAUUCUUGGAUUUCCGAGGCGCAUUUGACUCGGUUGACCGGUCUGUUUUUCUUGAGACGCUUGCCCACCAAGGAAUGCCCCAGAAGUUUGUAAACAUCAUGCGUUCUUUGUAUUCUCAGACUUCCGGACGUGUGAGAGUGUGCGGAGAGCUCUCCAAAAGCUUCCGUACACAAAGCAAUGUCCGCCAGGGAUGCCCACUCUCUCCAUUCCUUUUUAACUUUGUAAUCGGUGAAAUAAUGAGACGAACGCUGGAGGGUCUCCAAAACCCUGGUGUUCAAAUAGCCAGUGAAGAAAACCUUGUCGAUCUGGAAUAUGCAGACGACAUCGUUCUCAUGUUCGAAGAGGAGGAGAAGGCGCAAGUAUUCUUGGAUGAACUGACCAAAGUCAUCCCGUCCUUUGGUAUGCAUUUUGCACCCACAAAGUGUAAGGUCAUGCUUGUGGACGUGCAGUCACUGAACACGCCCCUUACAAUCCAGGGAGAGGUACUGGAAGUUGUGGAGCGUUUUACGUACCUUGGAAGUUGUAUUAGUUCUGAUUGCAGUGUGACAGAUGAGGUGAAUGCACGAAUCUGCAAGGCUCGGGCCGCGUUUGCUAACUUGAGACACCUAUGGCGUCAGAAUGGUUUAUCCCUGAAUCUGAAGGGACGUGUGUAUCAAGCUACUGUACGGGCUGUUUUGUUGUAUGGCUGUGAGACUUGGCCUACUCGAGCAGCGGACCUGAGACGUCUUCAGGUGUUCGACAAUCGUUGUCUCAGAACCAUAGCUCGCGCUGAAGCGGUCUAUCGAUUGGAAGAACCAGUCAGCUACGAAUCACUUAGCCGAUUCAUCUCCGACUAUCAUUCCUCCAAACUGUUGCCUUGGCAUAGACACCCUUUGCCCUCCGACCAGCUCCAUCAGCUACAUCCAACCGAAUCAUUUGGCCGUCGUAUUUUAGAGAUUCGUGACGCUUCGCAUCUCGAACUUCUGCUGGACUCCCGAUCGUACAUACAUUCUGGAGCUUCUCGGCAAACUACGCUGAAAACACAAAGUGCUUUGUUACUUCUCUACUAUACUCGGAAUUGCGCCUACGCCUCACAUGGUGAUAGUCUACUCUGGCAUUUCACCCGUGUUGCUGAGUCAUUUCCAGACAAUAGUACUGUUUUAUUUUCCAAGGUAGAUGUGUCGGAAGUUGACCUCCCAUGGCAUCUCCGUGUGGAACGCGUCCCUACAGUGAUUUUCUUCCCGGCAAAUCGGUCCACCUAUUCCACUCGGUUCUAUUGGCCCAUCACACGGAUUACUGACCCGUCCAUGGAGCUUGUUAAGUUCGUUCGAAAACAGCUUGGAAAGCCACCGUUUUCCGAACACAUUUCGCCGAUUCUAUUGGAAUCAGCCGAAGGAAGAACACAGUUGUUGGAAGCUUUACAUAGGUCCGACAGCAUUCUCCUCGCGCCACUUCACGGCCAUUGUAUUGCUCGAUCGACUUCAUUCAGAAAAUUCACCUGUCUCAAGGGGAUUUUGGCGUCUAUCACAAUUUAUAUUCGCAAAUAUGUUCAUUCUCUUAGCGUGUACUUCGCCAUAGUUGGUCAUCUGGAAGGAAACUUGCAGCGUAUCAACGAUAGACUAACUUGUCCCUUCACGCGCCUCUAUUGGUCUGCUCGUAGUCCUUGGAAUUUGCGUCGUUCAUUGGAUGCGCUUCUGAAACAGUCAAAGUUGUGGAAUAAUGCGACGGCGCAUAUCAGAAAUCUUUCCAACACAUUACAACAGUUAGUCUCUCAGGCCAAAUCCAUCAAGUUACUUUUGUGAUUUUCUCGAAGCACAAUCCACACCCCUCGCUGACCAUUGUCCGGGUCAGUGUCUACUUGGGAUCCUUGUUUAUUUGCUGUGAGAUGCUUUUUUUCUCCUAUUUUCAGCACCGUUUACAGUUUUUACUUCUUUUGGGCAUGGAUAUUCAGCAAUAGAAUUUUGGAACCGUU